CGCACACGGCGCGGCGGGGGCGAUGCGGGCCGCCUGGGUGCUGCUGCCGGCGCUGGCCGCGUUCACCGCUUACUACGUGUACCUGCCGCUGCCCAGCGCCGUGGCCGACCCCUGGAAGCUGAUGAUGCUGGAUGCCACCUUCCGGGCGGCGCAGCAGAUGGGACACCUGAUUCACUACCUGAGACUCAGCCAUCACUUGAUAGUUCUGAAUUAUUUGAUUAAUACCUUUGAUUUGUACCAGCUGGAGUCUAUCUCCUCUGAAGACAUUAAAGCCACGGAUGCUGUUUUUGACGGUGUGGAAGUCAGAGUGUUUGAACCUCCUGCCAGGGGAGAUGAAAGCCUCAAGCGCGGCGUUGUUUACAUCCAUGGAGGGGGCUGGGCCUUGGCAAGUGCAAGAACAAGCCUUUAUGUCAACCUCUGCAGAAUCAUGGCUGACUCUCUGAAAGCUGUUAUUGUCUCUAUUGAAUACAGGCUGGUUCCAGAGGCACACUUCCCCGAGCAAUACCACGAUGCCCUUCGUGCUACAAAGCAUUUCUUGCAGCCUGAUGUCUUAGCUGAGUAUUCAGUUGACCCAAGUCGAAUUGCAAUCUCUGGUGACAGUGCAGGAGGAAAUUUGGCAGCUGCUGUGUGUCAGCAGCUUAGCAAGGAGGAGGAUUUGACUGUCAGACCGAAACUGCAGGCCCUAAUUUACCCAGUCCUUCAGGCAUUUGACUUCAAUACACCCUCUUACCGGCAGAACAGGAACAUGCCCGUUCUUCCUCGCCAUGUCAUGAUCAACUACUGGCUGUAUUAUUUCAACAGUAACCACGACCUGGCUCACGCCCUGCUGAUCAACAACCACACCGCCCUGGACGUCGGCCAAGCUCUUUCUUUCCGGGGCCGCCUGAACUGGACAUCCCUGCUGCCGCCGUCGUUCAAAAAGGACUACAAGCCCGUGGUGCAAACCACGGGCAAGGCUGAAAUCAUCCGGAAGAUGCCAGCGCUGCUGGACGUGCGGGCGGUGCCGCUGCUGGCGGACAGCGAGACCCUGCAGCUGCAGCCCAAGACGUACGUGCUGACGUGCGAGAACGACGUGCUGCGCGACGACGGCGCCAUGUACGCCAAGCGCCUGGAGAACGCGGGCGUGGAGGUCACGCUCGACCACUUCCACAACUGCUUCCACGGCUGCAUGAUAUUCACCCUCUGGCCCACUGACUUCUCUGCGGCCUUCCAGACCAGGAGCAGCUACAUCAAGUGGCUGGAUGAAAACCUCUGAGGAGAGAGGGUCCCCCUGGAAGGCAACGGGGCGAGAGGUGUCUGCUCCUGCAGGAGAGCAAACAGUGAAAAAAGUGCACUUUUCCAAAAUCCUGACUUCAUCGUUCAGCUGCAGCUGCAGGGGGUGCAGACCACUAACUGCAGCAUUUACUAGCUCCAUUGGCCUUGACCAGAAAAGUGUUUUGAGAAAUUACUUUUUUUGUUUCAAACUUCAAUUUUUUUUUUCCACCUUGUUUCAGAUGACUAUUGCCAGACAUAAACAAAUUUUGAUCAGGGAGAUCAGCAUUCCUGUAGGAUUCUUAACUGGCUGCAACUUUCAAGCUCUGACUCUUAAUUACGCACAAAGGGUGGGGUUUUGAAGUGAUGUGAGAUAAAGCCGAACACCUACAUCUACAUCUCAAUGUGUAAAAAUGGGAGCUAGUUUGCAGCAGUGCUGAGCAUCCUAUGUUACAGUGUGAGCACUCACCUUUGACAGCAGAGCCAUGCAUUUGAAUGGCAAGCAUGGCUUUAGGUGUUGGCUUUUAGGCACAUAGACAAAUGGCUCAUUUAAAUUAAAAAAAAAAAAAAAAAAAAAAGCUCUUCUAGGCAGUUGAGGUGAUGAUCGGUAAGUCCCUUAGCCAAACGUGUAAUCCAGCUUUGGAAUUUGGUCUUUACUACCUUUUAGUUAUUUAUAUUUUAAAAAAGGACUAAAUAUAUUUUCAAUAAAAAUUAUUAUAGAAUACACACAAAUAUGUAGGGUAAAAUAAUAUGUGUAGCAGCAGAAUCCAGAUUUCUUAGGUGAGUGACCUUCAAAGCUGCUACUUAUUUGGCUAAAGAAUGUGACUUCAUCUGUGUUUAAAGCCUCAGUUGUAUGACUCCUUAGAGAAAAGACUGAGCUUACUACAAAUAAUCUGCUGUGUGGUUUGCACUAAUGUUUGUAAUUAUUAGUAGAAGUUUUUGUUCAUUAACUUUUCCUUUGUGCUUGUAGUCUUAAUUUUAUUUCCUGCUUCCUGGAAGGAAAGAAGCAAGCAAAUAGAACUGAGCUCCAAUAUAUUGGGAAAAUUUAAACCUGAGCUUUGCAGCUGAGCUUUGUCUGUCCUGUAGACUGACCCAAAAUGCUAGGUAAGCUAAUCUUGCUAUUGAGCAGCACAUCUCUACAGUUUGAGCCAGCCUGUAAAGUUCAGACAGGCAGGACAGGGGAGGGAACCCACUCGUGUCAGUGUGUAUUGUCCAGGGGGCUUAUGGCUUGCAGCAAUGAUAGUUGUGUCAAAAAGCCUAGUGUUCCUGGGCAAA